GGGCGAGUCGCGGGCGGGCGGGCAGCGCACGGCACGGCGGGUCAAGGAAUCGUUCUCCGGAGCGCCUGGCCAUUCCAAGAAAGCGAAAGGGGGCGGAGGAGAGAAGGGCGCGCCCGCCCGCCUUUGGGACCCAGCGGUGCCUUUCUUCCCCGGUUAGGGCGCUUCAAGGAAGCCAGGAGGCUCCCCGUUGCCUUGUUCGCUUUCCCCGUUUGAUUUAGGGGCGGGGAAGAAGGAGGGAAGGAGGGGCAGGAGGGUCCGUCUCCAUGAUUUUGGGUGAGAAGAGAGCCAGGCAAGUCGGGGAGGCUUUGGCGAGCGCGGUCAUCCCCCUCCUCUUCCUCCUCUUCGGGUCUCAGACAAAAGGGAGCGAGCGCUGAGCCCCUUCAGAAGCGUCACGGACACUCUUGGGAGGAUCUCCCUCGCUCCUUCUCUCCUUCUGGAGCCCCUUCUCUCGAUCUCCGCCUCCUCCGCCGCCGACCCCGGCUGGCGGCAGCUCCCGGGGACUUUGGAGGGCAUGCCAUCUCGCCCCCGCCGCCAAUGUUUCACUGGAGCAAGUGGAAGAAGAGGAUGGGCGCCAGCACUUCCUUCUCGUCCUCCUCCAAGAGACCCGUCUUCGACGAGAAGGAGGAUGUGAACUUUGAUCAUUUCCAGAUACUUCGAGCAAUUGGAAAAGGAAGUUUUGGCAAGGUGUGCAUUGUUCAAAAGAGAGACACAGAGAAAAUGUAUGCCAUGAAGUACAUGAAUAAGCAGCAGUGCAUCGAAAGAGACGAGGUUCGGAAUGUGUUCAGAGAACUGGAGAUCCUGCAGGAGAUAGAGCACGUCUUCUUGGUGAAUCUCUGGUACUCUUUUCAGGAUGAAGAAGAUAUGUUUAUGGUAGUAGAUUUGCUCCUCGGUGGUGACCUACGUUAUCAUCUCCAACAAAAUGUGCAGUUUACUGAGGAAACAGUGAAACUGUAUAUCUGUGAGAUGGCAUCAGCUUUAGACUAUCUGCGCAGUCAGCAUAUCAUACACAGAGACGUGAAACCAGACAAUAUUCUCCUUGAUGAACAAGGUCAUGCACACCUAACAGAUUUUAAUAUUGCAACAAUCGUAAGAGAUGGUGAAAGAGCAACCGCUUUAGCUGGAACUAAGCCGUAUAUGGCUCCAGAGAUAUUUCAUUCCUUUCUGAAUGGUGGAACUGGUUACUCCUUUGAAGUUGACUGGUGGUCACUUGGAGUGAUGGCAUAUGAGCUCCUUCGUGGAUGGAGGCCUUAUGACAUCCACUCCAACAGCCCAGUGGAAUCUUUAGUCCAGUUGUUCAGCACCGUGAGUGUCCAGUACACAACAGGAUGGUCAAAAGACAUGGUGGCAUUACUGAGAAAGCUUUUGACGGUCAAUCCUGAGCAUCGGUUUUCAAGUCUAGCUAAUAUCCAAACUUCCUCCUAUUUAUCGAAUGUGGAUUGGGAUGAAAUCUGCGAAAAGAAAGUGGAGCCAGGUUUUGUUCCUAAUAAAGGCCGCCUGCACUGCGACCCCACCUUUGAGCUGGAAGAGAUGAUCCUGGAGUCAAGGCCCCUGCACAAGAAGAAGAAGAGGCUUGCGAAGAAUAAAUCCAGGGAUAACAGCAAGGACAGCUCACAGUCAGAAAAUGACUACCUCCAGGACUGCCUUGAUGCCCUUCAGCAAGACUUUGUAAUCUUUAACAGAGAGAAAUUGAAGAAGAGUCCAGAUCAAGUGAAUGAGUCCAUUUCUCCUCCUGAAACCACCGAUGAAGCUGAGACUGAAACAGAAUCUGAAAAUUCCAACCUGAAUAUGUGUAGCUCAGUAUGUUCUUCCACAGGCAGCAGCUAGGACUACUGAGAUGAAACUUGCACAUCUCCUGAAUAAUUCAUUCUCAGGUUGUACUGACAAGCUGAUGACAGUACAUUGAGUAUUUUAGUUGAGAUUCAAAAAAAUAAAAUAAAAGAAAGGAGUCACAAAAACCAACACUGUAGAACCACAGCAGAGGCAGAUAGUUCUUACAGAACUCAUGGUUUUGAAAGAUUGCCUGUUAUUACCUGAUAUUUUGCUAUGCAACACACUGGCGGAAACCGUUCCUUUGUUUUUCCUUUUAUUUUCGUAAGGACAUAUAGUGGCCUGAAAUGUAUUUUUUCAGGUGGUGAAUGAUGGUAACCAGAUCCAAGUUUAGGUCUAAGGGAAUAUACAUCCAAAGCAUGCAAGGUGGGAUGGCAAGGGCAGGAAAAAGUUCAAAACAAUGGAAAAUUCAUUUUCAUGGUAUUGUCCUUGUGCUCUAUCUGAUGCAUGCAAGAUUGUCCCUUAGUAGCUUCAGAAUAUCUGAGCGUUCUUGCAGAGCAUGACAGCUGCAAACCACCUAUAGGGACAGAUUGAGUGUCAUCUUGCUGGUGCUUAACUCUCCACAAGUCUAGUUUCGGUGUUAUGAAGUGUUUUCCAAGGCAUUUGAACCUAGGGCCAAACUCUGGCUUUUUGCUGCUGAACAUUUAAAAUGGCAUAGUGUUUUCCUAAACUAACUAAGAAAAGGUUAUUUCUUUUCUAAGCAGACCAAAACUAUUCAUAAAUUUAUACUUCUUUACAAGGAGUUGAGUAGAUUACAAGCAUGUGACUACAGACAAGUGUUUCUCUGUUCUUAUGAAGGAGUAGGACACAAAGUUGCCUGUGUAGAGUUAGGAUAUUUAGAUAAUGAUGCCCUAAUUUUGGCGGAAGUGAUGCCUUGAUGCUUCUCUCUGUUUACAUUGUUCGAAGUGUAAUUUAAAGUAUUGUAUAUAAAUUUCUAGCAUCUGUUGUCGCAUAAGAAUUGGAAAAAAUCUAAUGUUUGUGACAGCUGUGGAUAUUGCCUUUAAUGAUUGUUUCCCUCUUUGGCGGCUGUCCUCCACACAGUUACCAGAGUGUAAGAUCCACUGAACUUAGUGGGAUUUCCUUAUGUGUAGAUAUGCAUAGGAUUGCAUUGUUAAUGGCUUACUUUGCUGUAGAGUGAUAUCAGGUCACUAUUAAAACACUUAGAACUUUCUGUUCUAGGACAGCAAAUAUUUGUAUUAUAAGGCUUGUAAUUGUUUUCAGUCAAACUGUUUUGUUACCAAGUGUCUAAAAGACUGUCCUGUUUGCAUCUCUGUUGUGUUUUCCUAAUGGAAAGUGGACUUAGCAUGCUUUUCGGGUCAAGAUACCCUUUUUCUGCUCUCCUUUUGAGGCAUCUGCUACAAAGCCAGUGUGCCAGGCUUGAACCAAGGUCAACCUAAAAGCAGGAAUCUUUACAGCCUUACUUUUCAAGCUACAACUACCUCUGUAGCUGUGCUGUAUCAAGAUCUUUUCUAUUUCUCUGCUGCUACAGAAAAAAUGAGCAUGGAAUUUCUAUCAACUCUUCAUACCAACCCACACAACAAAUGACAUAACAGGUCUAUCACAGUUUUAUAUGGGCAACAACCAAAACACGCUUACCUUUCCACAGUUUUAUGUGGCGGCUGGUAAAAAAAUACAGUGUUAAAACAAAAUUUCAUUCAACACACGACAAAAGAUAUUCAGGUGUGCUAGGCACAAUGUGUUGGGCACAAAGAUGCCAAAGCUUUCCUACCAGUCAUUCCAUUAUUUACAGGCUGUAGCCAGAUAAUCGAUGUGUCCACUCUACAGUUCAGCUGUAGAACCUGUUCUAUUUUGGUAGAGUUCUGUCAUUUCCUUGGACUUGUAAUGGAGCAUCUCUCAAACAGAUGUAACAACCCAGACAUAAGACUGUUUUAGGUUGCACUAUGCCAGCAGCUGUUCUGGUGCAGCACAAAACCCCAAAUGUUACGCUGCAGGCGUAGCCACCCAUGCCAGCAGAAAUGUUUAUAGAAUCCAAGUGCCAACACAGCCAGCUGGUCACAGAAUAUACUGCUCAGUUGCAUUAGCACAAGAGACUAUACAGUAAAAACAGUCCAGCUUUAAUCCCAGACCUAAGUGGUUUGGCAGUCGUAUCCCUUAUUUAUCUGCUGUGACAGAUUCGUCAAACACAAAUUUAAAAUGUAGAAUUUUCAACUGGUAUUUCCAAGUGGAAAGAAUGUUCCCCAUAGCUACCAUUGUGUUGAGUGUUUGUCCUAGAUUUAGAGAUGAUGACUAUUCAUUUCUGCCUUGGUAUAGCCAGUAGAUGUAGUUACUGGUGAACUGAGUCGCAGGCAGCCUAAGGAUUGUUUUGAAAGAAAAAAAGGUUCAUUAACUGAUUAACACCUGUAUUGUCUGAAUAAAGAAACAUACAGAUCUCAGUUCAGCCACUAUCCAUUGAUUUCAAUGGGAAAAUUGGAGCCCCCAGUGGUGCAAUGGGAUAAACCCUUGUGCCGACAGGACCGUUGACCAAAAGUUUGGCAGCUGGAAUCCAGGGAGUAGGGUGAGCUCCCGUCUGUCAGCUCCAGCUUCCCAAGCAGGGACCUGAGAGAAGUCUCUCACAGUAUGGUAAAACAUCCAGGUAUCCCCUGGGGAAUGCCAUUGCAGAUGGCCAAGUUGCUCCUGACAUAAAAAAAUGGGAAAAUUAAGCCUGUGCUUAACUUUCCCAUCUCUUUUAAGUCUCUCAAGGAGCCAAUGGGGCUAAAAAUACCCCAUUUAGGCUGUAUUCUACCUACAAAUUUUCUUCCACCCUCCCAGGCUUCAUAAGAUGUAAUUGCUUUGCCAAAAGUGAAUUCUACUAUUGGAACAUUUUGUACCAUGGGUCAGCCCUGCUUCCAUUCUCACCAUAAUGAAAUCCUGAAUCCUCUUUGGUUAAUUCAACUAGAGUAGACAUACUGAAUCAAUUGUUGAAAGGUAAGUCUACACAUAAAUAAAUCCUGUUGAGUGAAAAGGGUCUGCUUUAGAUGGGAAUGAUGAUGAUGAACAUUGCCUUCCCUAAACCAUCACUCUCUCCUUGCAACUACAGAUUUGUACAUCUUGUGUUUGCACAUAACAUUAUCAGGCUGCUGGGAGGGAUGCCUUCUAAAUGUCUGACAAUGCUCUAUUGGGAUGAUUUAAAUGGCAGGUGCUUGGCAUUGAUUUAUAGCACCGCCACUGCCAGCAUGUAAGUCCACCAGGACACACUUAUAUAGGAAGAAAUGCAUAAAAAAACAUCACUUGUUUUCUUUCAAGGAAGGCAGAAAAUGUCUGGUAGGCUGUCCACCUACUGCACUGUAGGUAGUUUCUGACAACCAUAAGCCUUGUGUCAUCUACGUACAAGAUUGUCUUGUGGUGAUUGUAAUUAUGUAGGGUAUGGCAUUUUACAUCCAAUAUGUGCUCAAUUGUAUUGUUAGUAUUUCUCCACUGCCAGGGGAUGAUUUUGGAUAUAAACAUGUCAUUGAAAGUGAACAGUGACUGCCUUUCUGAUCUAUGAGUACCAAAAAACCCCUUGUUACAUAGGUAUCACUGGACAUGCUGUGUGAAUUCACUUUCCUUCUUUAGCUUGAAUAAUGUCUAGAAUGGUGCUUUGUUGUCUGUUUCAGUUCCAUACAGUCAAAAUUAUACAUGAAAUGAGCUAUUUUCUUUCCCCUGUACAUGUUUCACCAAUACUGCAUUCCAGUGGUAUACAAUAGCACACAGGCCUUUUAGAAUCAAGGAUCUGAUGCGCAGUCUUUUCGAUGAAGAAUUUAUGGAUUUUUCAAGCCUGUUCCUAUUAACUUUACUGACAACUAGAGCUAUGUAUUUUCCUUUUCACUGUAAUAUAUGGUAUUUGUGAAAUGUAAUUGCAAAGAUUUGUGGUUUUUAAGAAAUAAUUCUAAAAUAAAUGCUUAUAUUGAGCACAACA